AUGAGUUUAUUUCAUGAAAGUAGAUUCACUCCCUCUUUCACUUCGUCACCACCGUUCUUCGUACUGGGCAUUCAUUUUAUUCACUGCAACUCUGGUCACUUUUCUUUUCAUUUGCAGGCUUCUUUUUCCCCAUCUUCCUCCACCUCUUUCUUGACGUCUGCCUUUAUUAUCAAUGCAUUUUCUUCUUCUUUCUCGAGGCCUACAUUACAAAUUCUGCUUCUCGAUUAUAAUUUCCCCCAACCGCUUUCAUUUCCUUAUUUCUGUAAAAUUAACUCAACUCCUUCCUCCUCUCUCUCAACCCCCGACUUUCCUUACAUUACCUUAAACAUUUUUCUUCCUCCUCCUCCUCCUCCUAUUCUUCUCCUAAAUUUUUGUAAUAUUAUCUGUCUUUUCUUUUUCCUCUUUCUUUCUUUCUUUCUUUCACAGUUGUCCACUUUUUUUAAAUCCUUUUCACACUUCUGCUUAUUAUCAUCAUUCUCAUUAUUUACAUCUGUCAUUGUUUCGUUUUAUUUGUCAUCUUUUGUCCAUUUUCCUCAUGUUUUCCUUUUAUUUCUUCUGUCACCUUUGUCGUCUGUCUUAUCUUUAUUGUCUUCGUUUUCUCCUUUCGUGUCCAUAAACUUACACACCCAACAUACUUUAUCUCUUUCUAUUCUUUAUCGUCCUUUUCUUUCUUACUGCUUUUCUUUCUUGCUUUCUUCCUCUCCUGAUGUACUCCUAUCUGCCGUCUUUGUUACCUUUCAAUUCAAAACACGUUCUCUCUCUCCUUCUCUCUCUCUUUCUUUUUCUCCUUCUCUCUCUCUCUUUCUUUUUCUCCUUCUCUCUCUCUCUUUCUUUUUCUCCUUCUCUCUCUCUCUCUCUUUCCUUCUCUCUCUCUCUCUCUCUUUCUUUUUCUCCUUCUCUCUCUCUCUCUUUCUUUUUCUCCUUCUCUCUCUCUAUCUCUUUCUUUUUCUCCUUCUCUCUCUAUCUCUUUCUUUUUCUCCUUCUCUCUCUAUCUCUUUCUUUUUCUCCUUCUCUCUCUAUCUCUUUCUUUUUCUCCUUCUCUCUUUUUCUCCUUCUUUCUCCUUCUCUCUCUCUCUUUCUCUCUCUCUCUCUUUCUCCUUCUCUCUCUCUCUUUCUCCUUCUCUCUCUCUCUUUCUCCUUCUCUCUCUCUCUCUUUCUCCUUCUCUCUCUCUCUCUCUCUCUUUCUCCUUCUCUCUCUCUCUCUCUCUUUCUCUCUCUCUCUCUCUCUUUCUCCUUCUCUCUCUCUCUUUCUCCUUCUCUCUCUCUUUUUUCUAUCUUUCUCUUUUUCUCUAUCUCUUUCUCUCUCUCUCUUUCUCACCAUUUUUAAUUCUUAAGAUACACGUUUUCCUUUUUCUUUGUUUUCUUUCUCUACUUACUUUUUUCAUGUGCAUCUUUUCACUUUCGUCAGGAUAUAAUCACAAUUAG